CCUGAUUCCUAAAAAAGUCACACUAAUCCAAGAAUGAAGGGGUUCUUCUGUCAGAUCCAUGAGAAGAAUAAAGUCAACAGCACUUAUAAUCUCAUCAUCAACACGCAAGACUGUGCAAGAGGUCUUCAACUUUGCAAUUCGGUAACUCCAAAGUUUGAUAUCAUGUCAUCCAAGCAUUGUGAGGUUUCGUAUGCAGAAAUGUAAGCAUUUAGGCGUUUGAACCCAAUCAGUAUCACUAUCGAAGUGCUGUUGAUGCAGUGUGACAAGGUAAAAGUCACAGAGUCUGUGAGCCUUUAUUGGAAAACAGUAAAACAGACGGCUGGAAAUGUUGACGAAGAGG